UUCAAAAAUCAUGGCUUCUGGAAGAUCUUACUCAGGAACUGACACAGAUACUGAAAGUGACAGUUCUUAUGAUGAGAAAAUAAAACAUAGAUGGGACAGCUCUGAUGACGAGGAUUUAUCUGAUGACUCCCAAGUUAUGCACCUCCAGCGAGGAUAUGAAGAGAGAGAGGAAAAUGACAGCAUGCCUGAUGACUUUAUGUCAAAUCUGGAUGUGACCAAAUUCUCGCAUGAAAAAGCUGCUGUUGGAACAGUUGUUGCCAGAUCUAAGGGAGGUAUACAGACUUCAAGUAAAGCAGGUGAUACAAGUGCUUCUACAUCUAAUCCCGCAGGAAGGGAGAAAGGAAUAAGAAGCAUUUACUUACUCCAACAUAUAUCACGUGCAGAAUAUGCCAGUUUACUCAAUGACUUUGUUGAGUCUGAAUUAUUUGUGAUUGAUGGAGACUCCUUAAUAUUGGAGUACUUCGAAGAACAGACAUUGCAUCCAGGACAGAUGCUUCACUUUUUUUAUUUAGUUGAAUGUUAUCUCGUAGAUCUGAUAAACAGAGGAGCAACAUUUGUGAUUGUGUUCUUCCAGGAUGCAGAACACCUCUGGUCGAAAUGGAUUACUUUUCUUUCUUUUCGACGUGCACUAAUCUUACAUCUUCAGAAAAAUACUGAUAUUCCAAUCCACACUGAGUUUCAAAACUUUCUCUGUUCAAGCUGGCAGUCAUUCCUGAAGACAAACUCUCCAUACUUUGUAAUGGUGUCAGAAAAAGGACUGCAGAUGGAUAAAGAAUGUCUUUCUAUAGCCUACUUCCACAUUUUCAUUAGUCAUCUGCUUGGGAAAGGAGUUAAUGUCGCACUAACAUCAGGACAGACAUUCGAUGCUCUCAGAAUCUAUGGGUAUUAUAUUCAGAGUGACUACAAUAUAAGAAGCUUGAUUGAAAAGCAUAAAGAAAUGUUUGAAGCUCAUAAAAUUCUAAUUCAGUGUUUAUCAAGGCCUUCAUCCAUCUCUUCUAAAUGUAUACAUUUGGACAUUGAAAACAAGGUUUACAAGACAUCAUGUCAGCUACAGAAAUUAUGGCCAGAAGGAUCAUGUAUUCAAAAAACUGUUUGUAUUUUGAGUUGUUCUGUGGUUUUGCAGCUGUAUAAAAGUUACUUAAAAGAAGAGGAGCCACCAAGCAAUACAAGAAAAAACAAAGGAAAAGAAAACAGUACUCAGGAAAACACACUGAGUUUUGAGGAAGCAGUUGACUUGUGCAAACUAUACUGCCUGCAUAUCGCUCUCCUACUUCAUUUACCAUUAUCAAAACGAGCACGGAAUCUUUCUGAAAACGGAAAAUGGGAGGAUGGUGUUUCCAAAUUACUUGAAAUGAGGAGGAAUUGUGAAUAUUUUGCUCUGGAACAUCUUGCUGCUUUAAGCAACUGGAAAAUAGAUUUCACACAUUUACCUGACCUGAGUGACAGCUUACUGCUUCAAAAAGUUGGUCUUUACUGGGAAACCCAGAAGUGCAAAGACACAGAUGUACAGCUGAGUGAAAAAAUUGAAAAAGAGUAUACUAGAAUAUGGACUGCAGUAUCAAAAUUAGUUGACAAAUGUGAAAUUUCUCAAGCUUUUCCAGUGAGGAAUACUUCCAGAGUUUUUAUAAGCUCAGAGGGCAGCAAAAAAGAUGAAUCAUUUGAAGCUAUGUCCUGUACAGAAUUACUGAAGCGUUGGUACAAGAGAACGUUAUCAGAACACAGGAAAGAAUUUCUAAAUGUGGGUCUGAUACGUGUAAAAUCUUCAUUACUGGAAGAAUAUGCUGGAGAUGCUUUGGAUAGCUUGCCGUUUUUAACCAAUGAUGAUCCACUUGUUUCGUCUCUAACUAAAUCAAAAGAAUUUGAUGAACUGUACCACUGGCAUAGUAUGAAACCACUAUCUGAUGAGUAUGAGAGAACAGCAUGUGAUAAUGAAAAGCAGCCCAGUGAUCCAAAGGAGGCUCGUCGGAUGCUUAGAAACAAACAAAGGUAUACUGCCUAUCUUAGGUUUUAUGGUCAGUCACUCGAAGGGAAUAUUUCAAAACAAAUUCCAACAAACAGAAAGGAAGAUGCACUAAUCAAAAGUAAAUCUGCACCAAAGAAAACAAAGGCAUCAACUCAGAAGAAAAAAGCCGAGAUCAUUGUAGAAACCAACAUAAAGAAGAAACUGCUAGAAAAAGAGAAGAAGGAAAUGGAGACUUUAGAACGUGUAUCUGGAAAUAUUGAAAUGAAAAUCAGGGAAAAUAUUAAUGAAGGUAUCCAACAACUGCAGGAGUUUUUGAAAACAUGCAGCUGUGAUUCAGUAAAGUUCUCAGCAGAAGUGAUGGCACUAGACACCUGCUUCUCAGUCUGGGUCAGUCUCUGUUCAGGUCCAGGAAAAGGAAGAGGCUUCCAUGUAGCCAGUACAAUUAUGAGAAGAAUUCAUAUUAUUCUGGACAAAUAUGAAGAGUUAAUACAGAAGUCUCAUAGAGAAAAAAUUGCUGGUUACCUUAAGGAUAUGGGAUUCCAUAACUUAUACAUGUCUGUUUUAGGACAUAAUAAGAAGCAAGGAAGUAACACUAAAACAGUUACUUGCUCAAAAUACACAGUUGGAAUUGGAUCUGCUCGUUUUCAGUUGCAGUACAUGGGCCAUUACCUUAAAAGAGAGGAGAGAAAAGAUCCAGACCCCAGAAUUCAGCACUUUAUACCGGAUACUUGGCAGAGAGAACUUCUGGACAUUGUAGACAACAAUGAAUCUGCCAUUAUAGUUGCUCCGACUUCAUCUGGGAAAACAUAUGCAUCAUAUUACUGCAUGGAGAAAGUCCUAAGAGAAAGUGAUUAUGGAGUUGUGGUUUAUGUUGCUCCAACAAAGGCUCUUGUAAACCAGGUUGUAGCAACUGUUCAUAACCGUUUUCUUAAGGAGUUACCUGCUGGAAUGACUGUCUGUGGAGUUUUCACAAGAGAUUAUCGAUAUGAAGCAUUAAACUGCCAGCACGGAGUCUUUGGUUCACUUAUUGGUGACAUCUUGGCGUUUGGAAAUGAGUGGGGUACUGUAUCAAAAGCCUUGGCCUGGUCAAGGUGGUUGCAGAACGUAAAAAAAUAUUGGUUACAUGCAGAAGAAUUACAAAAUUCUGAGCCUUCCGGAUCUAAAAGUUCACACAGAAUCAAACAUAAGCAGAAACGAUGUUCAGAUAAGAAAUCCUUUAAAGUCAGAUUAGUGAAAUAUGGAGAAAGAUACAAUGACUUGGAGAAGUAUGUUUGUAUUCCAAAAGAUGGCAGCUUUGAAUUUUUUCAUUACCAUCCAUGUGCAGCACUUACUGUAAACCAUAUAGAGAAGUAUGGCUUUCCUUCAGAUUUUUCAUUUUCACCACAAGAGUGUAUCAAACUCUAUGACACCAUGGUCGGUACUUGGAAAAACUGGUCUCAAGCAAAGGAGCUGGAUCCAGAGGAGUUCUCUUCUCUUAAGGAUAAAAUAAUCACAAAGGCUGAUGCCCGGAAGUAUGAAGAAUCACUUAAAAAGGAGCUUGUUAACUGGGUGAGGUGUGGCCACAAAGAAGAGGCUGACAAAGUACUGAAAAGUCUCCAACCAGAAAUCAAAGAUGUAUCAAAGCGUAACAUGGAGGAACUCUUUCCAUGUUUUGUUGAAGAACUGCGAAAAAUGGAUGCGUUGCCUGCUUUAUUUUUCUUAUUCAGUAUACAUAAAGUAGAAUCAUAUGCUGACAAGUUAUAUUUGCACCUAAAAAAGAAGAAAACUGAAAUGAAGCCAGAUGAAGCACAACUUUCUUUGCAAACUAAACUGGAAAAAGUAAAAAAGCAACUUAAACGGCUAACAAAUGUUACAGAGGUUAAGCUGUCUGCCAGCAAGGCAGAAACCCUUCAUACACUUCUGGGUAAGAAAAACAUUUUGGAAAUGCAACUAGAAAAGCUUACCAAAGACCCUCCAGAGUGCACAUUUGCCAAUAAGAAAGCUGUGAAUGAAAAGACAUUAAAUGAGGUGCUUAAAAGGACACAUCUGCAAACCAGGUAUGUAAUGCUUGCUCUCAAAGUUCUGAAAGGCAUUGGUUAUCAUCAUGCAUCCAUGAAUCCCAAACAAAGACAGGCAGUGGAGACACUAUUCAGGAUGGGAUUUCUUCAAGUUGUAACUGCCACUGGAUCACUUGCUUUAGGGAUUAAUAUGCCCUGCAAAAGUGUUGUGUUUGUGGAAGAUUCUGUUUACUUGGAUGCCCUAAAUCUAAGACAGAUGUCUGGGCGUGCUGGAAGACGUGGACAAGACCUCUUAGGCAAAGUCUUCUUCUACAACAUUCCCCUUCCCAAAGUACAGAGACUUAUCAAAGCUAAUGUACCAAAACUAAAAGGACAAUUCCCUCUGAGUGUCUCUCUGAUCCUAAGGCUCAUACUUUUAGCUGAAAAGGCUGAUGAUAAACCUGAUGCUAAAGCAAAGGCUUUAUCAGUGCUGAAACACUCACUGAUGGCUUACAACCAACCAAAGAAGCAAGAGAUGCUCAAACUUUACUUCUUGUUUUCUGUGCAGUUUCUUGUUAGGGAGGGAUACAUCGAUCAAGAAAGCAAACCACAGGGGUUUUCUGGACUAGCAACUCAUUUACAUUAUCAUGAGCCAUCUAAUUUUGUGCUGAUCAGAUUUCUGGAAAAGGGUCUUUUUCACAAGUUGUGUAAAAGGUCUCUAACAAAUAAAGGAGGAAAACAAUUUUCUGAAACUGUGAUGGAAACUCUGGUACUUGUAUUAGCACAUCUUUUUGGAAGGCGGAGACUUCCACAUUCUGUUGUUGAACUAAAAGGACAAUUCAAGCAGUCAAAAGUGAUUCUUGAGGAGCUUCCUCCAGAAUUUGCUGCUGCAGCAGAGGAGUACAAUGAUGUGGUUGACAAAAUAUUUGGCAGUUUUUUACUCUGUACUUCAAAAUUUGCUGAUAUGGAGCAAGAAUAUCAACUUCCUCUUUCAAAGAUAUCUUUUGCAGGUGCAGAAUCAUAUCAUGAGACUAGCUUCCUAUCAGCCCUGACAAACUGCCAGAAUAAAACAACAGCAGUAUCACCAUUUGCAACUCUUUCUGGAAACACAAAUAAUGAUUUAUUUUGUGCCUCCAAAGUUGAAACGAUUGGAUUGCAAACAGUAGACGCCAAGACCUUAAAGAUCCCAGCUUUUGACCAUGAAACAGAAGAUAUCCAAGGAAGAAAAAUGCCACUUAAUGCAUAUGCGCUGGACUUCUACAAACAUGGCUCACUGAAAGCUCUAAGUUCUGACAACUUUUUAAAUCAAGGGGAUGCCUUUUAUCUCAUCAAAGACUUCAGACUUGUAAUUUCUUCUAUCAGUACAUCGCUGAUGGAACUGUGUGAAGAUGAAAAUGACAAUGUCGUGCUCGCAUUCAAGGAACUGAAUGAAAGCUACAAAGAAAAAUUUGAGAAGACCUGGAAUUAGAAACGUCAAGGCUAACAAACCUAAAAUAAGUGAAACUGGGAGACAAAAGCUCACGCUUUAAGUGCUGUUGAUCAGAUUGCAGACUAUGUACUUACUACACUCUGGAGACAAGCACCUGUAUGCACACGUUACAUGAAAUAUCAGUAGCUGUAACUUGCUUAUGCUGCAUGAUAAAUUAAUGCCUUCUAGUCUUUACUGAAACAUUUAUUUCUUGUCAUCAUCAGGUUACAGAAUGUAAUUCACAUUUGCUAUUUAUAUGAGACAGUAUAUAGUGAUUUGUAUCAAGUAAACAAAUAUUGUAAUAUU